CUGUUGCCUCCGGACGGUCCUGGCCAUGACGAGGAUCCGCACGGGGAUCGCGCGGCGGCCGGAUGGGCCGGAGGAUGCCAAUCCCAUGAACCGACGCUUGCCCGCCGAGGUGGUGAGCCGACGGAAAGGUGAGAAUCGGGCGCAUCCUGGCAAGGCGGUGAAGGAGGAAGUAGCGCCAAGCCACCUCUCAACGGAUCUGAAGCAGGUUCUGGCCAUGAAACCUGAAGCACGAAGCAAGUGGUUGGCCAAGGCAGUACAGCAGGCACACCCACAGGAUGGACGCUUGUCGCCCAAGUCCAUCUACGACAUCAUUGCGCAUGCCAAGUUUGCCAACGACCUCAACGAGAAAAUGGGUCAGCGGAUGUACCGUGUUCUACAUGCGAACCUGUCACUCUUCUCUACCAAGCAGCAAAAGUUUCUAGAGAAGGAGUGCGCGCUGGCGAAGCAGUUUGCAGUUGCAGCCUUUGCUCCUGUGCCUGGAGCGGAAGAGGAAGAUACAACAGCUGCAGAUGCAAUGGAGGAUAUGAUGGCUCGCUGCCGGGCCUUUGUACGGGAGCGCCAGAGCGAACGUGGAGAGAGAAAUAUCCAAGAAGGUGCCACAACUUCCAACGGCGAAGAAGCAGAGGCGGAGGCAGCUGAGGCAGCUGAGAUCCCUCCAGUGGGCACGCCGCAAGCGCUGCAAGCGCCAGAUGCGAAGCAGGCUACUCAAGAUGAGGCCGCUGAGCUGAGAGAGGCAAAUGCAGAGACGCCGUUUGAGCAGCCGAUAUCGCAAGCUGAGCCUCAAAAGGAGGUGGAGGCAGAUGGCCCUCUGACUCGUGCAAGUAAGAGCCGCAGCAGAAGUCGUUCCAGUCCUUCAAAGACCAAGGCCCAGGGAGUCUCCAUGGAUGCUACAGCGGGUUCACAAGAAAAGGAUGUAAAAGAUGCCAAAGACGAGGCGUCGAAACUCAAAAAGGCGUCCAAGCCUGAAAGCAAAGAAAAUGGCAAGGGCAAGACCUCUGAGAAGCCAAAGUCCAAGGAGGGAAAAGACACCAAGGACACAAAGGCUUCUGACAAGGCAAAGAAAUCAAAAGAUGAAGUGUCAAGGGACCAGUCAAGGGACACAAAGACGAAGAAUGCCAAGAGUUACAAGGAAAAAGCGAAGGAAAGCCGAAGGAGAGAGAACCACAAGCGGGGGAGAGCCCGAGAUGAAAGUGAAAGCAGCCGCAGUCGAAGAAGAAGCGACAAACGCAGAGGCAAAAAGUCUCGAAACUCUUCAGACUCUUCCAGUUUCGUUUCCAGGAAGAGGGGUCGCUCUUCCAGCUCCAGACCGAGGAGGCGCUGAGGCGGCUGACCUUUCCAGGUCAAGGAAUCUCCGGCCGGCGAGGCCUUGUUUGUAUAUAAACAGCUCGUAGACUCGGAGGCCAUGAUCACAGUCCCAGCCACUUCGCAUUUGGAAACGC